AUGAAGACAGAAGAGUCGAACUUUCAGCCUGAGCAUCAUUUGGCAGCUGGCCAUGAGACAAAUAGUGCAACAUAUCAGAGGAACAUGGAGCCAAACGCGUCCAUACUAGCUUCAGACUUCAAAGACAAAUACACCGUCGACUGGGAUGGACCCCACGAUCCCACCUCUCCCCUAAACUGGUCCCUGACCAGAAAAUGGGCAAACCUAGCCAUCGUCUCAUGUCUCGCUUUCCUAACACCCUUAGCCUCCUCAAUGUUCGCCCCCAGCGUCCCCGUCGUCAUGGCCAAUUUCCACUCCACAAACACCGAGCUCGCCUCCUUCGUAGUAUCCAUCUUCGUCCUCGGCUUCGCUAUUGGACCCAUUGUAGUAGGACCCUUGUCUGAACUCUACGGCCGGAAACCAAUCUACAUCACCAGCAACAUCCUCUUUGUAAUCUUCACCCUGCUCUGCGCCGAAGCCCGGACCCUGGGCAUGUUAUUUGCGUUCCGGUUCCUGGCCGGCUGUGCGGGCUCGACGCCCUUGACUGUAGGAGCGGGGUCCGUGGCGGAUCUUAUGGCUGCUAGUCAGCGUGGGAGGGCGAUGGCUUUAUUUUCGCUUGGGGCAUUGCUGGGUCCUAUUGUUGGUCCGAUUAUUGGGGGUUUUGUGGCGGAGAGUAUUGGGUGGAGGUGGAUUUUUAGGGUUCAGACUAUUGCUGCGUUUUGUGUCACCAUUCCCAGUUUAUUCAUGCAUGAGACCUAUGCACCGAUCCUUUUGGAACGAAAAGCACGGCAUCUUCGCGAGAAGAACAAUGAUCCGCUAUUCAAAUCCAAAUACGCAAGUAAACUUUCCCACAAACUCGUCUUCCAACACGCCAUUAUCCGGCCCUUGAAACUCCUCUUCAUGAGUCCCAUCGUCGCGCUCAUCUCGCUGCAUCUCAGCACCAUGUUCGGGUUACUGUACCUCCUCGUCACGACUUUUACGUAUAUCUUCGAAGACGUGUACGGAUUCUCUACUUCCUCGGCCGGCCUCACCUUCCUAGGGAUCGGUGUCGGGAAUAUUGUAGGAGUAAUCAUUCUGGGGCCUGCGAUCGAUAAGAUAUUCAACGCGUACGUGAAGAAGAGCAACGGGAUCCAGAAACCGGAGUUCAGACUACCGGUCAUGGCGUACACAGCUCUCUUCGUCCCGAUUGGACUUUUCUGGUAUGGGUGGACUGCGCGUUCUAGUAUUCAUUACAUCGUGCCUGUUAUCGGGUGUUCGUUCAUCGGGUUCGGUAUGAUGGGGAUCAUGUUGCCUGCGCAAAAUUACCUCGUAGAUGCAUUCACGCUGUACUCAGCUUCCGCCAUAUCUGCGGCAACGAUACUACGUUCCUUCUUUGGCGCGUUCCUGCCUCUGGCGGGGCAGCCGAUGUACGAUUCUCUCGGUGUGGGUUGGGGGAAUAGUGUGUUGGGGUUUAUUGCUAUUGCUAUGAUUCCUAUACCGUGGGCAUUUUGGAAGUAUGGGGAAGGGAUUAGGAUGAGAUAUCCGAUCAAUCUGGACUAA